CCCCUCCAAAACCCUAUCCGCCCCCCGUCGGCAAACUAGGCUUGAAGGAUGAGUUUAAGCUUUCGAGUUCGCCUUUUCGUCCGCCGCUUCUCCUCCACCGCUACCACGGUGGUGGGACCUAGCCCGGACCCUAACCCCCGUUCGUACACGGAGACGCUCGCCGUUACCAUCAACAAACUCUCCAAGGAGCGCGACCCCGACAAGCUCGCCGCCGGCUUCAUCGCCGCCUCCGCCUCCUACCGCUUCCGCUGCCGCCACCGCAUCUAUGAGAUCGCCGUCCGCCGCCUCGAAAAGGCUGGCCGCCUUGACGCUGUCGAGGCCAUCCUCGAGGCCCAGAAGCGGUUCCCCUCCGACCUCGCCCGCGAGGGCUUCGCCGUCCGUCUCAUUUCCCUCUACGGCAAGGCCUCCAUGGCCACCCACGCCGCCACUACCUUUCGCCAGCUUCCCGCCCUCGGAACCCCGCGCUCCGUCAUGUCCUUCAAUGCCCUCCUCACCGCAUUCGCUGACUCCGGCGAUGUCGAGGGCCUGGUCGCCGCUUUCCGCGAUAUCCCUGCCGCCGACACCACCAUCGUCCCGAAUCUCAUCUCCUACAACGUCCUCAUCUGCGCCCUCUGCGAAAAAGGCGAUCUUGAUGCGGCCCUGGGUACGGUAGACCUCAUGGAGAGGAAUGGGAUAUCUCCUGAUGUGAUCACCUGCAACACCCUCCUGCAUUGGUCCUACGAGAAGAAGGAAUCUUCGGAAGCCGAAAAGAUUUGGGCUUUGAUGUGGAAGAAGAACAUCGAACCCAACACAAAAAGCUUCAACACGAAAUUGAGGUGGCUGGUUUCAGAAGGGAGGACUGCGGAAGCAGCUAAGCUCGUCGACCAGUUGAACCACGUCGGGCUGCAGCCGGACGCUUUCUCCUUCAAUGCGCUUAUUAAAGGGUAUUUCCAAGAAGGGAACUUGGAGGAGGCCAAGAGGCUGUUUUCAGAUUUUGCGAAGAACCAAUGCGCACCAAACAAGGGGACCUUUGCGAUUAUUAUCCCUUACCUUUGUGAGGCCGGUGAGCUCGACUUGGCUCUAAAAUGCUGCUAUGAUAGCAUGAAUACCCGGUGUUUUGUGGAAGCGGCAGUAUUCCAGAGGGUGGUGAACGGAUUGGCAAAGAGUUCGAGGAUGGACGAGGCUACAAAGCUUGUGGAUGUUGGAAGGAAGAAUAAUUAUUCUAGGAAGAGCCUUCGGAUUCCUUCAUCCAAUUUGAGCUUGGCCGUAUAGGGGUUUACCAGUUAAAGAUGCUUCUUCAAUCUGGCAGCCUAUCAUACUAUUUAAUCUACUUCCUCAUAACUUGCUUAGACUUAGAGAAGAAGAAACUUAAAGGAUGCUAGACAAACUUUAUUCAGAUAAAGGAGCAGGUUGAUGGCACUAUUCUUCUUAUUCUUAUUAUUGUCAUAUGAGGCAUUGGAAGAAACACUAUUCUUGAGGUUGAAAGAAAUCCUUUUAACAUGAUCAACAUUCUUAAUUGUUUACAUUCUUGACAACUUUGCAAUAAUGUGAGUGUUCAAAAUUACAAGCUCUUUGGCAAAUUUUUGUGCUCACAAAUUGCUUCUUAUAUCACAUGAGAAUUGAAAACAAGAUAGAUCCAAAAUGAUGGUUAAGCAUUUCUCUCAACUUGUUGAGGUCAAGUCCAGUAAACGAAAUUAAUGAAGUAUUCUAUGAAGUUUCAGAGUUUUAGUCAACCAUUCUUGAAACCUGAUGGUCAAACAUCUCUCUCAUAGUCAAAUUUGCUUCAAAAAGUGGCAUUUUCUUCAUUUCAUACUCAAAUGCGCUUUCUGUUGAUGAACAUUUUAAGAAGGCAUUUCAUCUCAGCAACUCGAGGAUACUUCUGUAGAAUGUGAGCAUAAGGUGACAGAAAGCAGCAAGGCAGAAAUCCAAGACAAACCAUGGGCCAAGAAAAGCAAACAGAAUCUAGUAAAGGCUCAAUGGGAAAACACAGAUCCAGGAAAAGCAAAACCAGCAUCAGUUCACAGCUGACUGAACUGUCCUCUCCACUAGCUGAAGCAGUACAACUCAUAUUCUCUUCUUUUCAGCAUGCUAUAAUAAUUCAAUCCUCAAGAGUGACUGCUGCACUUUCUAAUCCUAAGCAAAAUUUGCUCCUACUGCAUCUCUUGUGGGUGUCAUCGUCAGAAACAGAUAUCUCAAUCAGCUCUUACAGCACUACAUGCAUCAUCAAGAAGUUUAAGGAAGCCUCUGCAUUUGAAGCAGUACAAUGCAUGUGAAGUGGUCUGCUUCGCUGCAUCCUGCUGGCCAAGUUGGUGAGGCCAGAGAUCCCAAGGUUGCAGACUGCUUCGUCUCAGAAAUGGAGGGGGAUAAGGUGUGCUCGAGAGCUGGAAAUAUUCCCUGAAGCAACACGAGGAAUCCUCAUCUCUGCCUUUGCAAAAGUCAGCGGCUUGAGCUUUAUAAAAGGUGAGUUCUACGGGAGCAUCCCCCUUCGACGCUUCCUUUCCGAAUGCCGCCCCCGAGGGUGAUCGAGGUCCGAUCAGGCGAUCAGAGCUCGCACUCGCAGAAAUGGCGAGUCGCCCUCACGGAAGACACGUUCGAUCGCUUUGUUGCUUGCGGCGGGGACACUGCUAGAAAGGUGUUUGGUGAAGGGUCGCUCUUCAACCCGCUACUGUUCGGGAAGUUCUUCGACCCUGCCGAUACAUUCCCGUUGUGGGAGUUCGAGGUGGAGACAUUGCUCUCUGGCCCUGGGAACACCUCCAAAACUGCCGUUGAUUGGUCUGAAACAGACUCAGAGUAUGCUCUGAGAGCGGAGUUACCAGGUACUGGUGUGUCCUACAGGAAACAGAUCUAUCUAAUGUCCAUAUAUCAUCGAUAGAAUCUCAACACCAUGCUUCUCAGUUGGUGAAAGGAAAUGUGAUGCAGAAAUAUGUGGCGUGAAGGAGAAGGUGGUGGAGAUCAGUGGCUUGUGGGAUCAGUGGCUUGUGGGGUGGGUGAGAAGCUGAAGCAAGGGAGUGGAAGACCAGCCGCUGGUGGGAGCAUGGCUUCGUCAGGCGACUUGAGCUGCCACUGGAUGCAAACUGGAAGAAGACUGAAGCGUACAUCAACGAUGACAUCUUUCUGGAGAUCAAAAUCCCAAAGACUGCUUCUGGCAGCAAUCUCUGAUGUCCAUUUGUUCCUGCAGGAAGAGAGUAGGAGAUGGUGUAUAUGAUAGCCGAGGAAUGCUUUCUCUCUCCCACACACAAGGCAUGAUGCUUGUCGAGAAUAAAUUAGAUUAAUUGCACUGAUAUGAACUGAUGUCUAUGCUUCAGUGUUCACAUAAACAUUGGUCGAUCUAUAGCUUCUUCA